UUUUAAGAGACAGUGGAAAAUGAAUGUCUUGGCCAAUUUGAUGAAUUCUGAUAAUAUUACCAUACAUGAUAAGGCUUGAUAAAUGACAUCAAUUUCUAUUUUGUUAGUGCCAGUUUCAUUACAAAUACUGAAUAUGUAGUAGAACUCUACAAAGAUUCAUUUAUUAAGACCUGUACUCUUGGUAAAAAUCUUCCGCACGUGAGUUACGCGACGGUCACUUUUUCUGGACACUGAAUAAAAGAGGAUGGAUGACUUAAAGCAUAAGGCUAGAUUUUGCAUGCAGCUAUCAGCUCGACACCAAUUAACAUCAAAUCUUCCUUUAGGUCACAGAACAAUCCAGCCAUUUAAUGAAAAGAUUUACCCUGGCACCGCUUGAGGGCAACAGCUUACGGUGACGCUGAUAUCUUUAGUCUGAAAUACAUAUUUGGAUUAAGAGUAAUUUCUUAAAGAGCAACAGGAUCAAUUCCUAUUUUGUGCCAAUCUUUCAUAGCUUUCUGGUUUCUAAUAGAUUUCCAUAGUCAUGCCCAUGAGAUCGUUUUCUAUUGCAGUAGCUUAAUAUAUAUGAUCGCUUCUUACCCAAGUGCUCUAGCGAACUGAACCGUAUCUACUUGCAGUAUAGCCAUAAUGUGAAGGGACAGAAGAUAUUGGGCAAUAGAAAAGUCCUUUGGUAUAUUGCUGAGUGAAGAGCCGUAAGAAGUUUGGGACGAAUUAAGCUACAAAGUACCAUGUCUGUAGCAAUGAGCUUCUAUGCUGUUGACUAUAAUCGAAAGGCCUUUCAAUUCAACGGACAAGAUAAACCCACAAACGUUUUGGUUCAGGCUCAAUCUCGUUCGAUAUUCAGUAUAUACUCCAACAUUCAUAAUGCGCAUCGAAUAAACACGAAUAAUAAACUACAGAGAGUAGCCCCCUAAAAAUGCUGCACAAAUUACGGUUUUUACGUAAUUUAACCGAAUUUGGGGGUAGCAAUUUGCUCUAACUUAUGCCCAGACCCAGAUCUGUCUCGUUGAAGUAUGAAUGGGAUCUUAUAAAGAUUAGAGGGUAAUAUAAUGAGACACUGGGAGGAUUUCCGAAAAGUCGAUGCCAGCAAAUUUUCAUUGUAAGUUGCCUAAGGCUGAUCUCAAUUUACCUGUUUCGUUCGCACAUUCAAUAAGUCAAUCUUUCUUUGGGCACAGAGAGAAAAUUGCCUUUACCCAGUCUCUGCUCCUUGUUGAGCGAAGUUGUAAAAUUAGAUGGGGGCUAGCAAUGGACAGAAGUUUGCACGAUAGAGGAGAGGUCGAAGCGAGACUUUUCAUUGCUACUGCAAAGCGGCCCCUUCUUUUCCAGAAAAAUGUCUUACUUUUGUACCAUAAGCUACUCCAACUUUAUCCAAAUUAGCAGACACAUUAUUGAUCAAAUCCUUUCAUUAAUGUCUCAAGAUUUGAUAAUCUUCGUCAAAUUUAUUCUGUAGUUAAUAGCAAGUCCCUAAUGCCCGUACGAAAUAAAAGGCGUGCAAAGAAUGAGUCUUGUGGAACAGCACCCAACUGUUACUGAGGAUAGACAAUAUCAUUUUCGUUCUUGCUAAUUCAAACGAAUCUAUGCGCGUUCGAAGCAACCUAUGCUAUUAUGCCAUACAUGAUAAGCUUCUUCAAUUUGCAAGCAUGCUUCUUGAUCAAUAGAGGCUCAUUCAUUACAUGCGCAAGGACACUGACAGACAGUAUUCUGAAUUGUGGUAGAGGCCAUUUUAAUCAAACAAGCUGUAGAAAAAGUAAAAUGAAAUUAUUCGUAAUGCUGGAAAAAUCAUUAUUAAAGGACAAUGAAUGUCUCAGAUCUUUUGUAAGAAAACAACACUUUAGCAAAUCGAUCUGUUUAUGUUACAUGCAUUUUAUGUUCUCUACGACCACUGUUGAGAUAUGCAAUCAAGGUUGCUUUCACAUGCAGAUAGGCCAUAUCAUACAGGAAUCAGAUCAAUAACAAGUUCCAGUUAAGCUGCCAUCAACACAGUUCAGCUCAACCAAAAAGAAAUCACACUUGUAGAAAUUCUGUGCGUCUGCCAUUGUUUUCGUGUUCACAGUCAGCUGAUCUCAACUGGACCUGCCAUGGCGUAAACGAUGAUUAGAUUGCCACCAUUGUUGUUACUUUACUCAAUAACUAGAUUUAUCUAUCUUAAAAUGUCGUAAUUAUUAAGCGUGUAACUAUUCAUAAAGACUUGCCCGAAAUGAUUAUGACUGGCUUGUCUAUCCGCAAAUUAUGACGACCAAGCGAGAUGUGUGUGCAACCUUGCGUAGCCUUUGGGUUAAUAGAGAGCUCAAGCGUGUGCCUAGCUUACGGUUCGGCAAGGUGGCGCUAUUAUUAACCACGCGCAAGCAAGUUAAUACAUCCGAACUAAAGAAUGUGAGCUUAAUCCGAGUAGCGAAGCUAAUUCCGUCGCAUUUCAAGUUUCGAGUAUACCAUUUGUUUGCAGAUUUACGUAUUGCGAAAUAUUGUGAAAGUUCGAAUUUACGACGCCGUGAUUCCAACAAUCUAUCGCAACGCUCUUUGCUUUUGAAAGCAUAAUAUAUCAAUGAUGCAGACAAUAUCAUAGUAUGAAGAGAAAUGAGAGGAAGUUUCUUUGUAUCACUAGGCUUCGUGCUUUUUUCAUUGGAGAGCAUUCUUGCUGUGCAGGAUGGUCCAUCAGAAGAAGAUGAUGACAGUGGACUCACAGCAAAGGAGCUGCUCAAAACAAUUGCCCCAACGUACCACCUUGCAAAAGUACCCCCUGGUUUCCCACCCCUCGAUAGAAUGAACACCGAUAACUUCAAUUAUGGAACCAGGGGAAGAUACAUUAAAGUCGUAGCGGCUCUCAAUGAGACUGUUAAAAUGGUUAAAAACUAUAUAGAGAUCUCAAAGGUACAGAUGAAUUUCACAUAUGACAAGCAGCAACCGGAGAACGGAACAUGGAGAUUUAACGGAACAGGUGUCCUCAAUAUUGGUAAGCAACGAGUGCACGUUUCCAUAGCCGAAGAUGGAGUUAUAGAGGGCGAUCUCGAUGAAAUAUCUUUUGAAGAUAUUCUUGCUGAAUACAACCACAGGGAACUUACCACCAGCUUGCAAUUCGACAGCAAAGCAAUCCAAAUCAAGAAAGUCAAGGUUAGGGGUCGCGUUUUCACGAAAGAUGGCUACUUCUAUCUCACUUUUCAAGGGUAUGCAGAUCUUGAGGAUGUUUCGCCAUCAUAUGCCACAAUUACCGUUUCAAAGGCACCCGAUGAUCAGUUGAACGUUUACGCAAUCCUUGAAUUCAAAAAUUUAAAGCCAUCAACAGUGUUGGACCAGAUAGUUGAUGACGAGACAAUGGAUAUACAAUUCUUUUCGAAGAUGUUGGAAGAGAGUGACUUGAUAGCAAGUAACAAAACACACUUUGGUAUAACUGUAUCACUUACUGAUGUUUACAAUAUAACAUACGACACCACGACAGGGCGAAUCAUCAGGGAUGUUCUUCAAUCACAUAUCCCAAGUGGCAUCACUCUGUUAUGCCCCAUUGAUUCUCUCGGCAGCAAAAAAGUUCCUCCAGUGAAAUUAGCUUUUGUCAUGAAGCGCCCAAAUUUUGACUUUCUUGUAGACAAGCAUGACAAAAUUUCGCUGAAGCGGAUCCUAAAAGCAUUAAGCUCUGAAUUUGCACCGCCGUCGCUGCCUGUUUUUUUACGACGAACAAAGAAAGCUUUUACAUCACACAUCAGUUUUAAUUCUGAAACAAACCUCUUUGCGAUAUUUGUUCGCAUGAAGGACGAGGUUGGCCUCGCUCCCGGUGUUAUCAAUUCUAAAGUACGAUCGAUAGUAUUAGUGCGAAACGUAUCAGGAACAAGUGGCGAUGAUGAUUGGAGGCUGUCCGUACGAGGCAGCCUUCUGAUUGGUCAAACAAAAAUGAGAAUGAGAUAUGCACAGAUGGGCUAUAAGCCAGAGAAAGUUUAUGGAAUGACAGCUGUUGCAAAGAAAUUGACUAUUCAAGAUGUUAUUGAAGAAUUCAAGCCUAAAAUCUUUGCAACCAAAGAAAUAAAGGCUAUGAUUGAAAACACUGAAAUUUCGGAUAUUGAAAUGGAAAACGUGAAUUUGUUCUCGCGGAUAACAAGGACGAACACACCUCAUUUGCUUCUGACGGGAAGAGCAAAUCUUCCAGAAUGGGAAGAUAACACUCGAGUCAGCAUGCUUCUUCUUUUGGACAAAAAGCAAUGGUAUAUGAAGAUAGCUCUCACACUUGUGCACAGUCCUCUUAGCAAUAUCCUCCAGGCGUUCACUGGUUUUGAGCUCACACGCACAAGUCUCCUUCACAAUAACAAUAUUAUCACUAGCAUCGUUUCAUCCCCACUUCCCUCUUAUAGUUUGCUGCCCCCUAAAAUAAUAACGACGCCUUUAUUACGCGUUCCAGUCGCAACCGGACUUACGGUACUCGCACUGUUCAAGUUCCCUGACAACUGUGGCGAUGAUCAGCUUUGCGAGGCAGCUAAACAAGUGCUUGAUACAAAAACGGCGUAUACGUUUCGAGGUGUUCUUUCGUUGGAGGGUUUUGUGCUUGAAGCACCAGUUGCUGAUGUAAUCGAAUUCGGCAACGGUGUUGCAGCUGUAAACAGCACUCUCGUCUUCAAUGUUGGCAAAGAAACGACAUUAGACUUGAGAACAUCCCUUAAGAUCCGGGAUACUGACUACAUCUUCGAUGGAAGGCUUUCAUUUCUAAAAAGUGGAAAAAUACGGCUAAAUAUGUCCUGUCGUAAAAAAACCUGGGCUGCACCUUUUGGUAUCACAAUAGCCCAGUUCAAGAAUUUAACUAUGAAUAUGACAAUGAAUCCAAAGGACACACUCAAUUACAUCAAACUUAAAGGCAUCAUCAGAAUCGGUGCUAUAGGCAACAGAGGUGAAAUGGAAACUGACGUAAACCUCAAUUUCAAUCCUUCUCUACCUGAUGCUGGGCAGUUUUACGCCAAUUUUACGAAUGUGACUAUAGCUGAUCUGAUGCGUUCAUUUACGAUUGAUUACGAGUUACCUUAUGUCUUACGAGCGGCAAAAUUCCCAAAUGGUCUGAUGCUAUCAUACUCUUCACUCGACGAAACUAACGGGCAUUUAACGCUGCAUGGUGACAUCAAAAUUCUUGGAAGGGUCCUUCCAUGUGAAGUCCAAAUCAUUCAGCCCGGAUCGAUUAAAAUAAUUACGUCAAAUAGUCCGGCUCCGGUCAUUCUUGGAAAUGGGCAGAUUAUUAUCGAAGAAGAAUCUGGUAACGAGUUGAGAGGUCCCAGCAUUCUUGCUAGCAUAAAUCAUAAAGAGGCUAACGUGACAAUGAAUGGCUUUGCAAAAGUUCUCGGCCUAGAAUCAAAGUUGAAUGUUUCUGUUCAAGAGGACGGACUGUCUUUCAAAAUUUCUGGAAAACUCAUGAAUUUUAAAGACACCGAGCUAAAGGCAGAGUCACAAGGCAGUCUCGACGAUUUCAAGGUAUCCGGUUGCUUUAAUGAUAUUCCUGAGCAAGUACAGUUGCUGCUUACAGAGAUAAUAUCUAAAGCUGGUAAUCAAAGUACUUUGAACAUAGAAAGAGCAGAAAAGAACCUCGUUCUCGCUGACCAAUACUACGAGGCAGCCAAUCAGCACGAGUUACAAGCCAUGCAAGAGCUAGAAGACUUAAGAAAAAUUUACGAAAUGGAGUUGAUGGAUUAUGGAAGGUUUGAAGUGAGGGUGAAUGACACAUGCAAGCCCAUUCAAUGUGACGUCACUUGCUUUGGCUGUCCUGAAUGGAGCAGCUGUUGUCACAGAGAUGUUUUUGGAGAAUGCAUUAAAUGUGCCAGUUGGAAGAAAUGUUGCUGGAAGGACGUCGAUCCAAUCUGCAUAGCAGAAGACGACGGCUGUAGAGUUGUGCGUAGCAUCGCAGAGUCGGAUCUUUCGCAGCGACAGGUCCAGAUCGAAGAAGAGAAAAUGCACUUGGAAAAAAUGGGAAUUCUCGCCGUCGAAGCCGAAGAGAAUAAAGGAAAGCACAAAGCGGUAUUAGAAGCAGCAACAGAUGCUAAAAGGCUUGUUGUAGAAGAUUCAGGACCUGGCCUAAACGCAGCUGAUGCGAUUAGAAACCUUGGACCGUUAGAAGAGUGGCUUAGUGUUGACAGCGUUUGCUACAACACAUCAUUAGAGGAGGCUGCAACUGGAUGCAUGUACUUCCAUGUCAAAGGAUCGUUUUACAAGGGACCUAAAAGUAUCGUGUCCAUUGGUAGUUGCUUGAAAGAAGAGCUUGUCAACGAGCUGGCAGAGUCGUUGGCCAACUACAUGUUUCCAGGUAUAGUAGACACAUCCUCAGAUGACGUAACAGAUGUUAAACCAGAUGCUGAAAGCCCUUCAGAAAGUCCUACUGAAAGCCCACCCGUUGCUGAAGAUUAUAAUGGUGAACAGAAAUCUCAACAAACUAGCAAAGGAAGCCGAGAUAAGCUGGAACAAGAUGCAUUGUAUCAAAGAAAACGUAGAGACAUCAUGAAUAUUGAUACCGAGAUCCAGCCAAAACCCAAGAGGAGGCUAAGCAAAACUCACAAGAAUCUGCUUGAGAAUCCGUUUUGGGAUUUCAAGAUUGAUAAUCAAGAUGUGAAAUCUAGAUCAAGGAUUCCUCCUCAUCCUGUUAAGAAGCAGAUCAUGAGCGGGAUGUUGCACAAGAGGUGGAGAAUUCCAGAAAACGCCGCUGGAAGAUGCCACAUAUUUCACCAGUUAAUCGACAUAUGCAAAGACAUGGCUGACACUAUAGUGCUCAUGGACAAAUCAUUGUCAUCAACUGUCAAAAAAUACAAAAAGGAGAAGGCGGUUGUCACUGACAAGGCGGCAUCCUCGAUUGAUUUCCUCGGCGAAGCAGCCAAGCUUGUUGAUCUCAACGAAACAUCAAUGUCAUCGGUUGACCAAACUUUACAAGUCGUCAACGAAGGAAUUGAUAUCUGGGCAUCUAAAUGUGAGAAAGAGCUGAACUGGCAGAAUUCUGUUGGGGUUCAAAACUGGCUGGCAUCAAUGGACCUCAGGAUCCAGGAACUUGGUGGCUUCGGUGCAUUUAGGUUUUUGGAAAACCUUUUCCAUGCUUUCGAGGCCUUGUUCGAGGCAACUACGUAUUCAGACGACAAUGCUGACCUGGCACUAAUGCUGUUACAAAGAAUUAGAAAAAUAUCAACGGGAUUCAACCGUAUCUUCCAAGAAAAACUGUCAAUAAGAACAAGCCAGAGCUUUGCAAAAGAAAUCUUGCACCAUCUAUCAGAACUGAAGCACGAGCGAUUGUUUUGCACUUAGUUAACAAUGAGUGGCUGUGCAGUCAGAAGGAAACGAGACUCUUGGGAGCUCUAUGUAGCUUGUAUUCUUACAUAUUGUAGGAGUGCUAUGAGACCGCCACGCCCCACGAGAACUCAAAGCUCUGCGCAUUUCUUGAAAGCACCAUUCCAUAAUCAAGCUCUUUAUCUGAUUCUGGAGAGAGAAAGCAGCAUUAACAAGAUAACGGUUGCUUUACCCUUGUACGACAAAGCAGAAUUUUUCUGUCAAUUUUAAGAGGACACGCCCAUCCCGGAUUACAUCCACUUCAUAACAAGCAACGUCAUACCCGUGCCGACAUAAAAUUAAAUUCUAUUGAAGUGCAAAAAAUGCACAUCAAACCUUUUCCUAGAAAAGAACGUUUCAACUUUAGCUGGUUUCAGAAGGCAAGUAAGAAGUAAAUGCAUCAUUUGCAGAGGUAGAUCUCAAUACGGAGCUGAGCUUGCUACUCUGUUUAAUCUCAAAAGUACUGACUUUUGCAAAUAAACUGAAAAGUUCUAUAGUCUUUUUUUAAAGGCAUUUGCUGUUGCUUGCAAGGCCAGAUUCCAAACAUUCAUCCAAGCAAGAUCAUUUCAGAAGUGGCAUAAGAAUCGACAUUAGACACAAGAUUUUCAAAUAUCAUGUUUCUUUAAAGUACUAAUCAAUAUUUCUCAAGUGGGGAAUUAGGUUAAAAAGGAUAAUCAGAGUUCCAGUUUUAAAUUACAUCUUUAAAACGCAUCUAAGCUCCACAACUUCUUAAAACGAAUAUAUUAUUCAAUUGACAGUCUUCCAUGAAGUGAAGGAAGCCCACUUGGUUUGAGCCUUGCAUAACAAAUCUUGCAUUGAAACCUACUUUCAAGUCUUUGUUGCUAAUGUUUAUCGAUUUCCAUUAAAUCGGAAGUCAUUUGUUGUAUAUAAUUCAUAUACUAAUAUUUAUUAUGUAAUAAGACAUUUUGAAAAUACG